AAGUCUUUUGAGAUGGAAUGAUUUGCAAGUAACUGUCUUGGGUGGAAUUUGAAUCCAGAUCUUUUGAUUUCAAAUUGUUGGGUAAGUGUAGGCUGAAGAUUCUGCUGACAGAAAGGAAAAUGCAAAUAUCUGGGCAGAAGUGGAAGGAGAAGAGAAGAGGAGCAGGACGAAGAGGAGGACUGGGAUUAGAAGGACGAAGAGGAGUCCCCACGCUUAGCCCCAAAAGCAGGGGGCUGCGCCCCGCCCUCGCUCAUUGACUCAGAGUUCGAGGGGGUGUGGCCGAGUCCCUAAACUGCUUGCCCAGACACUGCUAGCUUUCUCUUUCUCUUUGCUCUGCUCUCAAAUGGUCUGGCUGCGUUAAGUAAGAUUCGGAAGCCGCGGGAUGGGGACAGCCGGAAAAAAUUAUGUGUUUUAGGGAGAGGGCGCGGGGCGGAGGACUCCAUCGCAAGCGAGUCCCGAGGCCUGUCCAGUCUCCGAGGAGGAAAUUGAAGCUUUCUGAGGUCUGAUGACAUGGCCCAAGUCCCUUGGGGGGGCUUCCAAAACUGGGCAGAGGCAGGCAGGGCGGGAGCCCGAAGCUGGGGAAGGACAGAGAGGUCCCUAUUGGCUGAAGGUAUGCGCUGCCAACUGGCUCGACACUUGGAGGACCUGACCCCGGAUGAGCUGAAGAAAUUCAAGCUGUACCUAAAGGACCACUCCUCGGGGCUGGGCAUCCCUCGGGGCCGCGUGGAUGGGGUGGAUAGCACAGAAAUGGCCGAGAUCCUGGUCAGUUGUCGGGGGGAGCAGGAGGCCUGGGAGCUAGCUCUGAGCAUCUGGAAGAAGAUGGGCCUGAGAGAACUGUGGGAGCAAGCCAGGAAAGAAGGAUCAAGAUUGAAAACAAUUCCAAGAAACAAGAAAAAACAUGAAGGGAAAGAUGAAAGAAAUAAGUACCAAGAACGAAUGAGAAAGAAACUCCAGCUCAUGAGGGACAGGAAUUCUCGUCCUGGGGAGCAUGAGCUCUUUCACCACCGAUUCACAGAGUUGCUGCUUCUUCAAGGUUAUCGUUACAAGGAGCAGAAGCAUCAUGAGCUCCUUGUCCAUGGAUGGGAACAUGCUAUGGUCUUGCAGGAGCGAGGACAGCUUACAAGGGUAUCAACUUUAUUUGAUCCUGACCAAAAGAUAGGCAUUCCACCCCACACUGUUGUGCUGCAGGGGGCUGCUGGUAUUGGGAAGACCACCCUGGCCAGCAAGGUGAUGUUGGACUGGGCAGAGGGAAACCUCUUCCAGGAGAGGUUCGACUAUGUUUUCUAUCUUAUCUGCAGAGAACUGAACCCAUUAGAAGGAAAAAUAAUCAGUUUUGCUGAUUUAAUCACCAAUGACUGGCCUGGUCCUCAGGCUCCCAUGGCAGAGAUCAUGUCCCAGCCAGAGAGACUUCUGUUCAUCAUUGAUGGAUUAGAUGAACUGAAAUUCCCUUGUAACGAGCACAGAUAUGAUCUAUGCAAAGAUUGGAAGCAGAAGGAGCCAGUGCCCAUCCUACUCAGCAGCUUACUGAGGAAAACCUUGCUCCCCGAUGCCUGCUUGCUGCUCACAACAAGACUCACGGCUCUGGAGAAAUUUAGUCCUUUGUUAGAGAGUCCACGUCAUGUGGAGAUCCUGGGCUUCUCGGUGCAGCACAGGAAGGAGUAUUUCUGCAAAUUUUUCAGAGAUAAAGAUUUGGGUGAAAAAGCCUUUCAUUUUGUAAAAGACAAUAGCACACUAUUCACUAUGUGCUCCGUUCCCCUGAUGAACUGGAUUGUCUGCACUUGCCUGAAACAGCAGAUGGAGAAAGGACAAGAACCGGUCCAGGCUUUGAAAACCACCACUGCCCUCUACAUGUGUUAUCUUUCCAAUUUAAUCAUCCCUGGUGACAAGAACUUCAUCCCUCAGCACUUGAGGGGUCUGUGUCGCUUGGCUGCUGAGGGGAUCUGGGACAGGAAACUGCUGUUUGAGGAGGAGGACCUCAGGAGGAAUAACCUGGAGGCAACUGAUGUCUCUGCCUUCUUAGACAUGAACAUUUUCCAGAAAGACAGUGGCUGUGAAAACUGCUACAGCUUCAUUCACUUGAGCUUCCAAGAGUUUUUUGCUGCCAUGUUCUAUGUGAUGAGCACAGAGGAAGAAGGGAUUUCUGACAUCUCCAUCCCAGGUGUCAGAGAACUUCUGGAGGAGUGCAGUGGGCUUAAUGCCAGCUUUGUGGUUCUGGUGGUCCGCUUCCUGUUUGGCUUCCUAAACAUAGAGACAGCAAGGGAGCUGGAGAGAAAAUUCAGUUGCAGAAUGUCACCGGAAAUCAAGUCACAGUUACUGCAGUGGGCUCAGGGAGAAUCCAGAAGAAAUUAUAAACGAUCCCAGUUCUCUGAUAUUAAUUUCCCAGAAUGGUACUCUCAUCUGUAUGAGACUCAAGAUGCUGAGUUUGUAACACAGGUGCUAGUGAAUAUCCAAGAAAUCAACAUAGACAUUGUCCAUCACUCUGAUGCCCUGAGUGCAGUUUUCUGUAUUAAGCAGUGUCAUGGAGCACAGAGACUUUUCUUUUCUUAUGAUUCUGAUUUACCUGCUUGUGUUUGGCAAGAUCUUUACUCUGUGGUCAGCAAGAAUCACAACCUGAAAGACCUCAAGCUGUGCUGCCGUGAUUUUUAUGACUCAUGUAUGGAAGACCUUUGUAUGGAAAUAAAACAUCCAGACUGCCAACUGGAAAACCUUUUUCUGGGACUAAGAAAUCCAAACUGUAAAUUGGAAAAACUGACGUUGGAACACUUCAAGGUAGCUUAUUCAUGUUGUCAGUAUCUCUUCUCUGCUCUCAACCUGAAAAGCCUACACUUCAAACGUAUUUUCUUUGAGGAUGAUGGCAUGAAGCUCCCAUGUGAGACCCCGGGAAAAAAGAACUGUCAGCUACAGUCACUAAAAAUAUCUCAUUGUCAAGGACUUGGUGUUAACAUUCUGGAUUUUUUCUCUGCUUUUGUUAACAAUGAAAGCUUGAGGAUCUUGGAAUUGAGUUUUAUUUGCCUUAAGGAGGAUGAAGUGAAGCUUCUAUGUAAUGUCUUGACAAAACAGGAUUGUAAACUACAGGCACUCAGUUUGCGGUCUUGUGAUCUUACCACUACAGGUUACCAGAAUCUCUUCUCUGCUCUUAGUAGCAACAUGAGCCUGAAAAACCUAGAUUUGAGUCGAAAUUCAUUUGAGGAAACAGAAAUAAAAUCUCUGUGUAAGACUUUGGAGAACCAAAACUGCAAGCUAGAGAAACUCAGAUUGACAUAUUGCAAACUCUCUCCUGCUUGUUGUUGGUAUCUCUCAUCAAACCUCAUGAAGAAUGAGAGCCUGAAAGAUUUGUGCCUGAGCCGUAACUGUGUUGGAGAUUGUGCAGUGAAACUCUUGUGUAAAGCCUUGGGAAAUCAGAAUUGUAAACUACACACACUGAGGUUGUCUGGUUGUAAUCUAACUGCUACUUGUCUUCAGGAUAUUCUCUCUGUUAUCUGUAGCAGUGAUAGGUUAAAAAAGUUGGACCUGAGUCGUAAUUACUUUGGUGAUGAAGGAAUGAAGCUGCUGUGCGAGGCCUUGCAAAAGCAGGAUUGUAAACUACAGAGAUUAAACCUCUCACGGUACCCCUUAAGUGAAGAAUCAGAGAGGGCAUGGACCAUUCUAAAUUCAAGAAAAUCUUUUCAAGUCACUUGGAAAGAUUAUCAUGCGGCUACAAAAGAAUCCUUUGACUGGGAUGCUGAAGACACAGUCUAGCCCUGGCUCUUUUCACUAGAUGAAUAACUUUGAACAAGUCACUUAAGCUUUACAAGUAUCAGAUUUCUUCUCUGUGACAUAAAAUGAUUGAAUUAGGUGUUCUCUAAAGAAGUCCUACUGCGUAGGCCUUGGGCUGCCUGGAAUUACUACUGCAAAGUCCUCCUUACUGUGAUUAAUAUACAGAAAGUUUCUUCUAUUCAUCUUCUCUGGUUGGAUAAAGAAGCACAAAGAACCACUGCUAAAGCUGAGGACUGGAGAAAAUCUAACAUGCAAAGUCACAGGUUACCUGAGAGUAAAGAUCUCCACUGCAAGGAUCUCUGGAGUACCAUUCCUAAGAACCUUUGUGUCUUUGUUCUGUUUAUAUAAUAUUCUGCUCAAUGUAACCCUCUUUACUUAUGGCAGCAGAUUCUUGCCACCCAUUUUCCUUAUCCCUAUUGUUUUGAUUCAUUUUGCCCCUUUCCAUCCUGCCCUGCCCCAACUCAGUUUCUGUCCACUUCUGCCUUCCACCUUACAUCACUCUCUGGAAUCUCUUAUUACCAAAUUCCCUUUUUGUCUUAUUGUCUUUUCAUGACCUCCACUUUUCAUCACUCACAGGAAUCUGGAUUUCUCCCCAAAGACUCUUCAUCCUUUAUAUCCUCUGUAGUGCUAGAUGAUCCUUCUCUCCAACCCCUAUAAUAUCCAGAGCUUCCACUUUCCUGACCUUCCCUCAGAAGCCUCUCCCCUUUUGAGGGUCACCUCCCUCGUCUGUUACACUGCCUGGAUUCUUUUUUCUGCUAACCCAGCCUCUAAGUUAUUCUCCCUCCUUCUAGGGAGUUCAUUAUCUGGCUCCCAGACUUCUCCACCAUAUCCCCUUGAACCCUCUGACCUUCUAGCUCAUCACCACCCUUAGUGUCUUGAUCUCCAGCUCUCCUCCUCAGCCAACCACAGAGGUGGCCAAAACUCAGAUGUCACCACUAUCUCUUCCCUCUAGCACGCUGAAUUUCACUUUUGAGCACCAUUUUCUAUUCCCUCUCAUUACUCUUAAACCUGCUCUUUGCCCUCACAACCAGCUCUAGUGGUGAAGGGACAAGACUGUGGGAUUUGGAGUCCAAGAAUCUGGGUCCAAAUUCCUGCCUCUCCUCACCUCAGUGACCACAGGUGAGUUGGUCCAUCUCUCUGAGCUUCAGUUGCUCAUCUUAAAAUGAGAGCGUCAGAUACACCCUGAGGUACCUCAGCUCCUGGGACAUCUUUCCAUUUCCUGUCCAUAAUGAAGACAACAGCUGACAGAAUGCACAAGAAGUAGGACAUGGGAUCAUUCAGAGUUGGGUUGACCCACAUCAAAGUCAGAAUUAGAGUCUUCCCCCUACAAGGGCCACAGCACACACGUAAAGCUCAGUGGAGCUGCCAGCCACAGGUGUGCCCCUUCCAGUCUUAAAAUGCUCCCAAGGAUGAAAGAAUUAUCCAAUGUCUGGUUGCAAGGUGAUACCAGCAUAACAAGGGAGGUUUCUUUUCCUGUGAAUAAAACCACAACGCUCUUAAGAGCUGAAUUCUUUUCCCUAUCUCUCUCCAGUACUACCUCGGAUAUGAUAACUUGUGUUCCCGAAGCCCUCUGAGGAAAAUGUAAUCAGAAGUUAUUAGUAAUGCCAGGAGAAUUUUCCAAUUCUACAUUCAAAUCUAAAAGCUUUUACAAGUGGAAAACAGAGCACUUUUGAUGAAGACUGGUUCCCAAUAACUCACUUAUGUUUUAGUUUUGUCCAUCUUACUAAAGUAUUUUUAAAACUAUAUUGAGGGAAAGAGGAAGACAACAGAAUGAUUUGAUUGUUGCUCAGGCAAGAGAGGCUAGGGAUGACAUGAUGAUAUCUGACAAAGAAGAGGAGACAGAAUUGGCUAAUUAUUAUUUGGCUCUUCAUUUCUCUACCAAGAAGAUCCUUUGUCUUGGGGAUAGAAUAAAAAUAGAUAAUUGGUAGCAGAUGUCCAAGAAAACUAAAGAGAUCAAAUGCAAUUGGAUACCACUUUGCAGAUCUCUGGUCUGUAAGCUGAUCAGAACAACAUCCUCAGGGUUGUUCAUGAUUUUUGCACAAAUAUUGGUGAUUUGAAAUGAUACCAGAGCACCAAAGAGGUGCUGCAGGAGUGAUGAAGGGCCAACUUGGCUUGGUAAAUACUGAGUGUCCCAAAAGUCUUAGUGUAUUGAUAAACUAAAAAAUUAGUAGAAGAUUGGGGAGGAGAUGGAGACACUGGAGAUAAUGGUCCCUCUGGAUGAAGACCCUGAAAUCCUAGAAGGCUUUUGCUGGAGAGGCCAUUAUUUAGAAGAAGAAAAAUGAUGGGGUAGAAUGAGCCACAAUGGGAAUUCACAUCUGGCAUUUUCUUAUUUAAAAAAAAAAUCUUUCUUAUUCUCCAGUUGAUAAGCUCAGUUGUUUCUACAAAACUAUCAUUGUUUCAAGCCCUCUAAGCUUUGUUGCCCUGGGACAAAUCCCUGAAUGCCUCCAUCUUACUUGCAGCUUUGGUCAGAAAGAUCUGUGUUUGGAUGCUAGUUUUGAUAUUUAAUGUCUAUGUAAGCAUUGGCAGACUUCUCAAUUCAAUAGUUAUUUUAAUUAUUGUUUAAGUAAGCUAAGCACAGUUUAAGGCACUAUACAUAUCUCAAAAAUUAAAAAAAAAAUGGCCUCAAGAAGUUCUUCUGCUGGGAGAAAAUGUUUAUAAACAUUGUACAAAACACAAAAUAAGAAAAAUAAUUUUACUUUUUUUUUUUUGCUGAGGCAGUUGGGGUUAAGUGACGUGACUUGCCCAGUGUCACACAGCUAGGAAGUAUUAAGUAUCUGAGAUCAUAUUUGAACUCAGAUCCUCCUUACUUCAAGCCUGGUACUCUAUUCACUGUACCAUCUAGCUGCCCCAAUAAUUUUACUUCGAUUUAUACUUAUAGAUCAUUUCUCUCAUUGAAGGUGGAUAGCAUUUUUUUUUUCCAUCAUGAGUCCUUUGAAAGUGUCUUGGAUAACUGCAUUAUAAAAGUAACCAAGUUUUUCCACUGUUGAUCAUCAUUACAACAUUAUUGUUAUUUGCACAAUGAUUUCUCAUUUCUACAUACUUCACUUUGAAUGAAUUCAUAUAAAUGUUAAUAUAGAAUUUUCUGAAAUCA